UUAAAUUUAAUCUGCAUUUUUAACAUUUUCUCCAUCACUUUUUAAAAGUCUAGAUAAUCAACAAAACAAUGAAUCAAGUCCUGAUUUGUUCCUGAUUUCCAAGGUAUAAAUGCUCACGCUGAAAAUUUAAUAACUGGUGUGAACCAGUGGGAGCUGGCUCCAGCACAUCACUGCUCUGUACGCUUGGCUUCUGGCUCAACCUGCUGCCACCAUUUCUAAGCUCUGCCUCUGAAGCAGAUACUCUCUGCCAUCCCUUCAUCCAAUCUUGUUCUCCUCUUUUAAGCUGUCUUUGCCAAUUAGAAUGUAAGCUGCCUGAGAGUAAGCGCUGACUUACUUGCUUAUGUAGGUAUCCCACCGUAUCUAGUACAUUUUGUUGUUGUUAUUCAAUCCUUUCAGUUGUCUGACUCUUUGUGACCCCAUUUGGGGUUUUCAUGGUAGAGAUAUCAGAGUGGUUUGCCAUUUCCUUCUCCAGCUCAUUUUACAGAGAAGGAAACUGAGGCAAACACGGUUAAAUGGUUUGCCCAGGGUCAUUCAGCUAGAAAGUCUCUGAGGCUCCAGGUCUAGUACUCUACACCCACUGUGUCAUUUAGCUGCUUCUCUGGCACAUAGUAACUAGUCCAUAGUAAAUUGGGGUUUUUUCUCUCUGUUUUAUUCAUUUCCCAAAGUUAUUCUUUACUUCUUCGAUAUUUACAUACUUCGUAUUCAUGUCACUUUGCUUCUUUUGGGGGAAGGGAAUCUGUUUCUUCACCUGUAAACCCAGAGGAUUGGUCCCUUUCAAUGGUGCAUGUCUUCAAUCUCCCCUCCAAAUUAGCACUUUUUAAAAUUUUAAGUGCUAAAAUUUGAACCUGAAUCUUCAGAUCUCAAACUCAGUUCUCCCAUACAUGCCACUGCUUUGCAUUCUCUAAACACUUAGGUCCUUGCUUCAUAUUUAUGUGGAUCUUCAAUCUCUCUUAUAAUUAGUAUUUAUAUUUUAAUACAGACAGGGCAACAGCCCUGUUUUAUGUCUCUUUGGUUUACCCCUGGAACACCUAAUAGCAAUCCCCUCCCUGCUCCCUCUGUUAAGAAACCUCUCUUCCUACAUUAAAAAUUCUUCAUUUCUCCUGGGAAUCCUAUCACCUCUUUAUAUUUGUGUAAAGCAUGACUUAACCUUGUGAAGCAUUUUUCCAGUAUCUAUUAUCUCAUUGUAUCUUUGGGGGAUGUAAGGUAUGAUCAUCUUCAUGUUGUUGAUGAGGAAAUUAAAGUUGUUGUAUAACUGGCUAAGGUGGGGGGGGGCAGCUAGCUGCUCUCAACGAGUUCAAUUCCUUUGUGGUAAAGUAGAAGGAAAAAAGAGUCUCUGAAGUCAGAGAGCUGGCUUCAAUUCUUUCUAAUGCUUACUUCAUGAAUGACCUUGGACAAGUCACUUAAUUUCCCUGGACCUCAAUUUCCUCUCUGAAAAAUGAGGGAACUGGAGGGGAAAGGGCCUCUGAGGUCCCUUCAAUCAACCAAUCACCAAACACUAUUUAGUGCUAACUAUGUGCCAGGCAUUAUGAUAAAGGUUAGAGAUACAAUGAAAAAAGCAAAAAUGACCACUGCCCUCAAGAAGCUCACAAUCUAAUGGCAGAGCCAGCUGUGCAUAUAGAGGUUUUUAAAGGCUACAUACAAAGUAGAUGGAAGGUGCUAGAAGCUGGAGAAACAAAAAAUGGCCUUCUAGAGGAAAUGACACAUUAACUGAAUUUAAAGGAAGCUAGGCAUGUUUGGAUCUCUGAUUCUAUGAACUAAAUCCUCCAGUACCAACAGAAUUGGUGGAUUGAGUUGUUCUACUGCUUCCAGUGAGCUUUAAAUAAUGCUAGAGAAAUCAAGGAGCACCAACAUAUAGGGACUCGGGAAAAGCAGACAUUGAAAAACUGGCCUGAUUUUCCAAAAACAAAAGAGUGGGAGCAGCUGAGUGGUGCAAUGGAUAGAAUGCCAGUCCAGGGGUCAGGAAGAUUCACCUUCUUGAGUUCAAAUCUGGCCUCAGCCAUUUACUAGCUCUAUGACCCUCACUUAACUAGGAAAGAAGGAAGGAAGGAAGGAAGGAAGGAAGGAAGGAAGGAAGGAAGGAAGGAAGGAAGGAAGGAAGGAAGGAAGGAAGGAAGGAAGGAAGGAAGGAAGGAAGGAAGGAAGGAAGGAAGGAAGGAAGAUGGAAAACUUACAAUUGACAAAAAAGUCAAGAACCCGUGUCCAAGAAGAAUUAAGAAAUAUUUCUACAGGAGGCAGAUGUGAACUGAGUCUUAUAGGAAGCUAAGGAUUUCAAGAGACAAAGAUGAAGAGGGAACUUAUUCCUGGCAUGGGGCACAGCCUAUGCAAAGACACUGAGGUGGGAUCUGGAGGAUAUCUAAGAUGGUAGUCUGGAAUGAAAAGGAUGUUCUGCUAGGGGGAAAAAAAGUUCGGCAAGAAAUCUUAGUGAUUUUCCUGAAUUUUUCCAAAGUCUUCUGACUUUUUUUUAAAUUCCAAUUGGGGAAAGAGGAGACAGAAAGAGAAGUGGAAAAAAGCCAAAGAAAUCUGUUUCCUCUCUCCUCUCUGUUCCCCAUACCCUAUUUCUUCCUGGCAGUUUGCACUGAGGACUCUAGUUCAAGUCUGAUUAUACUGUUCAUGGAAACAACCUGGCAGCAAAGAAAUAUGAGUAACACCUGGUCCAUUUGUUGGUUAUAUAAACACAGACUGGGACGAUUUUUUUUUUUACUUUCUUUGUAUCCCCAGCACUUAGCAUGGUGCCUGUCACAUAACUUAUUAAUAUUAUAGCUAACUUUUUAAGUUAAGAUGUGGAAAAUAUUUUACAGGUGUUAACUCAUUAAGUUUGCAAAGAUCUUAAUAAAUGCUUGUUGACUUGACAUACAGUUUUUUCGCACAAAGAUGCCUUUUUCCUUAAAGAGAACAAACAAACAUACCCAGAGGGGUUGCUCCUAAGACAACCCACUUGGGAAGACACUGAAAGUUUUUGUUGUUAAUACUGCUUUAAUACUUUCUCUUCUCUGAAGUCUUUAGUUCUAGGACCUCCCAGUACUGAAAUGUGAUUUUUCCACCCACAUAUAUUAGCUGUAAAUGUCCCCAUUAACUUGUUUUGGUCCAGAAACACUCUAAAAAGCCAAAGGUCAAGGUUGUCAAUUCAGGCUCCACAUGGGUCAGCUGACUUUGCAAAUAAAUAAACAAAAGAUCCAAAAUAAAUGGUGCCUUCAUGAAAAUGCAUAUAUUUUGAUAGUCUCACACCCUCACCUUUAGGGAAGAAACAAGUCAGAAUGUGAUGUUUCCAUGAUGGCCUUGAAGCAACUUUAGCAUCUUGGUGUUUAAUCCAGCAAAUACACAUCACGUGUGUGCUUUGUGUGUGAGGGGUACUGUUCUAGGCUCCCAAGGAGAGACAAAAUGUUUUCCUGGAGUUUUCUAUCUAGGAGUGUGAUCAAACUACUAACCGGUAUGACAUAAAGCCAUUCAUGAGUGGUUUGAGUGUGGUGUAAGCUUUUUUUAGAGUUGGAUUUGGAGACAGGAAAACUUGGGUUCAAAUCCCACCUCUGAACAUUACUGUCCAUCAUUUAACCCCCUCCAAAGCUAGAGAGGUUGUAAUCUUUGCUGGAAGAAAAGGAUUCCUUGACUUAAUUUACUGAAUGCAUUUGAGAGGUGCAAAAACAAAGUGCUAUUUGAAGUCUAAUCUAUGAUCCAGGGAGCCCAUGAAUUGGUUAAAAAAAAAAAGACUCCCUAGAGGAAAUGACAUUUGCUUUGGGUUUUAAAGGAUGGCAGGUAUUUUUUUUUUUAAAUCCUUACCUUCUGUCUUGGAGUCAACACUGUGCUCCAAGGCAGAAGAGUGGUAAGGGCUAGGCAAUGGGGGUCAAGUGACUUGCCCAGGGUCACAUAGCUAGGAAGUGUCUGAGGCCAAAUUUGAACCUAAGACCUCCCGUUUUUAGGUCUGGCUCUCAAUCCACUGAGCUACCCAGCUGCCCCCUGGAUUGUAGGAAUUUAACAGGUGAAGAAGAGCAUUCCAAGCAAAAGGAGCACUAUGAAAAAAAGGGACAGAGGUGGGAAAUUAGAGGGGCAGGACCUUGGAUAAAGGCCAAUUUGGCUAGAAGAUACAGUAUGUGGAAUCGAAGCAAUAUAGAAAGAUAAGAUGAUGACCAGCUGUGAAAGACCUUGAGGGAGUUUAGAACUUCAAAUCACUAAGCAAUGGGGAGCCACUAGAGAUUUUUGAGCAAAGGAGUGAAUGACUAGAUUUGUAUGUAAGGAAGCUUCCUUGUGUUGUCCUCAGAAAAAUGGACUAGAAAAGGGAGAGACUGGAGGUCAGAAAUAGUGUUAUAUUUUUGUAUUUAAAAGAGGGAAAGGUCUAAUUGCAAGAACAAGUCUUUUAAAGUGGUCUUAAGACACGGUUGGGUGGAAAUUGGGUUUCCUUGGCCGCGGGCUGAAUUUGGCUGGUUUUAAUUGUUCUAUUUGCAAAGUAUAAGGUUUGCUAUGGUAACAAGGUCUGGCAUCCGGAAUGCAUGUGAAAAUAAAAUGUGGGUUUGGAGGGCGGGGAAGAAGGGGGUUGUCCUGGGAGUAUUGGGGGAUUUUAAGCUCUUUGGAAUAGUGUCUCGGGUAAAUUGAGGUCACAAGUCCUAGAACUGGAUCAGGACCUGGCAGCCAGGUAGGAGAGUCUCAUCUAUCCAUUUUAGGACCAUCUUGUGAGCUAGGGAACCCUACUUAGGGAUCUAGCUGGUCCUCUGUUAUCUCCAGGUUCUCGGCCAGCCUCCACUGUGGCUAUCCCAUGGGGGAAUUCUCCUUCCUUACCUAACGCAGUCUCGGAAAUGUGUGUGUAAGGAGGAUCCCCCCUCCCCACCUCCCCCGAUGCUUGCAUUGUCUCCAGGAAGGUGGGGUGGGGGCGGAUUCCCACCCUCCGCAGCCCUCCAUAGUCAGCUCGAGUCUCUCCUAGUCCCACAGUGCCCCCUCCUUCUUGCCGGCUCCACUUUUCCCCCUUCUGGUUCUCUAACCCGCUGCCCCACGGCCCGCGCCGCCGCCCCCACCUUCCUCCUUCAGUGCCUGUCGCCGGGUUCCUAGAGUGGAGCUCCGGCUGCUCCGCGCGCCCUAGACCAGCAGGGGAGGCUGAGCUCCGGGACUGUGCCCCGCACUCAUUUGCCCCCGGAGAGCGGGCUAGGGAGGGGAGGGGGACAAUUGCAAGUCCGGAGAAGAGGGUGGUACCCCGGCUUAGGGCUGGGCGCUCUCCCGCUCCUCCAGGCUGACUCGGGCCUUCUCCUCGCCAGGGACUUCUGGACGGGACCAAGACUGCUGCCCCUGCCUCAAGGGGUGCGUGUCCUCCAGGCCAAAAUCCUGAGCAUGAUGGAAGACAAUAAGCAGCUGGCUCUCCGGAUCGAUGGGGCGAUCCAGUCCGCCAGCCAGGAGGUGACUAACCUGCGAGCCGAGCUGACAGCCACCAACCGGAGACUGGCCGAGCUGAGCGGCAGCAGCGGCAGCGGCGGCGGCGGCGGCGGCGGCGGUAGCAGCAGCAGCAGCAGCGGUGGAGGCGGUGGCGGCGGCAGUGGCAGCUGCGACUCUUCGAUCAUGGAGAAUAAUCAUCACAACGCACAAGUGUUACUCCGAGAAGAGGUAUCUCAGCUGCAAGAAGAGGUUCAUCUCCUCCGGCAGAUGAAGGAAAUGCUCACAAAAGACCUGGAGGAGUCUCACGGAAGCAAGUCUUCAGAGAUUCUCUCUGCCACCGAGCUCAAAGUCCAGCUGGCCCAGAAGGAGCAGGAGUUAGCCAGAGCCAAAGAAGCCCUCCUGGCCAUGAAGGCCGAUCGGAAGCGUCUGAAGGCCGAAAAGACAGACCUUGUGAGCCAAAUGCAGCAGCUCUACGCCACCCUGGAGAGCCGGGAGGAGCAGCUUCGGGAUUUCAUCCGGAACUAUGAGCAGCAUAGAAAAGAGAGUGAAGACGCAGUCAAAGCCCUGGCGAAAGAGAAGGACCUUCUGGAGCGGGAGAAGUGGGAGCUGCGCCGGCAGGCCAAAGAGGCCACGGACCAUGCCACGUCCUUGCGCUCCCAGCUGGACCUGAAGGACAACAGGAUGAAGGAGCUCGAGGCGGAGCUGGCCAUGGCAAAGCAGUCAUUAGCUACCCUGACCAAGGAUGUCCCCAAGCGGCAUUCCCUCGCCAUGCCAGGUGAGACCGUUCUCAAUGGCAAUCAGGAAUGGGUGAUGCAGGCGGACCUCCCACUCACUGCGGCCAUCCGGCAGAGCCAACAGACGCUCUACCACUCACAUCCCCCCCAUCCUGCAGACCGGCAAGCUGUCAGGGUGAGCCCCUGUCAUUCUCGGCAGCCUUCCAUCAUCUCUGACGCAUCUGCGGCUGAAGGAGAUCGGUCAUCAACACCAAGUGACAUCAACUCCCCUCGUCAUCGGACGCACUCCCUCUGCAAUGGGGACAGUCCGGGACCCGUCCAGAAGAAUUUACACAACCCAAUUGUACAGUCACUAGAGGAUCUCGAAGACCAAAAAAGGAAAAAGAAGAAAGAGAAGAUGGGAUUUGGCUCCAUCUCCCGGGUCUUUGCCAGAGGGAAGCAGCGGAAAUCCCUCGAUCCAGGCCUCUUUGAUGGUACUGCCCCCGAUUAUUACAUUGAGGAGGACGCAGAUUGGUGAUAACUGGCCUCCGACUGCUGCCCAUGUAUGUGUGCGUGUGCGUCUGUGUGCGUGGGGAUGUGUCUAACAACGAGAAAAACCCGGAGCGUGAGCCCCUUCCUCUCCUUCGCCGCCACCUCUGUAAUUGAUGUAUAUAUUACGAACUGUGUGUGAACAUGUUAACUGUUUGUUGUCCGGAGCGAUGCAGGCGUGUCGUCUUCUGAUUUUAUUUCUGUUCUCGUCGGUUUGUUUCUUUCAUGUUUGGGGUUUGAUUUUUGUUUGUUUGUUUCGUUUUAAUCCUUUUUUGUUGUGUUCAGUUGGGGGUAGUUUUUUCUUUUUUUUUUGUUCUGCACCCCUUCUUUUAUGAAACUUGAAGGACUGCUGUGUAUUUGUAAAUAAUGAAAAACCCGUGUGCACCUUGUGCUUGUAAACGUCUCUUGUCCAAACCGCUCUUGCUGGAGCCCAAAUCGUGGUGCGUUCUGUAUCUGGUCUGUUUCCCCCCUCCCACCUGGUGUGAACGUUGCAGGGAGUGGGGUCCCGAGAGUGCACAGGGUACGUGCCUCAGUCACAUGAACAACGAGAAAUACCGGCCCCAUCUGGGCAAGGUAUAUUGUCCACAAAGACUAAUGAGCCCAGCCAAGUGGGCCGUCUUCUUGGCUGGGUUCAUGGGAGAUUUAAAAAAAAAAAUGGGCUUUUUUUAAUGGCCUGCCAGUUUUUAAAAUUUUUUUUCUUUAAGAAGGAAAAAAAAUGGUUUCGUUUAAUUUAUUUGCACAAAAGCAGAAAACUUAUUCUAUCUAAAUUAUUGCAUAAAUAUUGGAAUUUCUAUUUUUCCAAGGGGUGGGAGGGAGGCGGGUGUGUUUCUAUUGCCUAUAUGUUCUAUAUCACGCUGCUGCCAAAUAGAGAUAGCGUUUAAGAUGGCCGGAGCCCAGGGAACGUGUGAUUUUAAUCUCUUGUAUUUUAUCCGGCAUUUUUCUGUUCCUUCUCCCAUCUCUCUCUCUGUGUCUCAUGAACAUUCUCUCUAGCCACCUUCCCCCAGGCUAGACCCCACCCCCACCCCGACCCCCAUAGCCUCCGUCUGGCCCUGCUAGGGCAUCGGAUGCUGACCACAGGAGUGGCCUGGCCCCAGGUGGAGGAUCGUGAACGAAAGUAGGGUGGGCGGGGGGUGGACGGAACUCGCCACCAGUCCGAGAACUGGGCAGAGAUGGCCGUUCUGCUGGAGUUGGCCAAGAGGUGAGCUGCCCUCUGCCCCAGGAGCGGGGAUUCGAGCUUCCCUCCUCAACCGUAGCUUUUAUUCUGCUCCUCAUCCCUCGCCAUUCCUUUCGAGUAGAGGACAGAGAGUCUCCAAGGGAGUCGUGGCACCCAUCUCAAGGGGAUGUCGUGCCAGGCGUACUUCUCCAGCAUGGGGCACCCAUUCCAUACCAAAUGUCUGUCUUUUAGUCCCUGGCACUUCCCCCAAACUCCCUGGGCCUCCUUCUGUCUCAUCAUCCAUCCCAUGCUGCAACAGGCUAGGCUUAGAAACCCAGCUAGGAAGAGCCGUCCGAGAGGGCCCUCUCCCGGACCUUCUUCUAGGCAUUCUUCCACCCCCACCCACUCUUACUUAACCACGACUCAUGAACUAAAGGGCUGUGUGCGUUGAUGACAGCAGGCCUGCUGGAGGUCUGAAAACAGGUGGCCGAUUUUAUUUUUAACUGUGAUUUCCCCACCCCGGCCCCCUUCCCCCUUUUCUUUCUCCUACUAUAAGUCAGUCAGGUCUCUGCCACAGGGGACCGUUUGCUACGCUUCCCGCUGACCAUACCCUUUAAAGUCCGACACGUACUAAAUUCUAGGAAGCCUGUUUGCUUUAAUAACUCCUCGCAGUGUGCCCUCUUGGAAAAAAAAAAGGGGGGGAUAUUUUAACUUAAAGGGACAGAGCAAAGCAAACGUUGGCAUGGCAAGCUAGCUAGCUUCUGGAUUUCUUUUUGGUGGGGAUGAGCAGUUUGGGGAAAGGGAGGAGUGGAAAGCCACCAGGAGUCCCCAGAUGGGGGCUUCGGACCUGGCCCGCCCGGGUCUGGGAGGAAGCUGCCCUUACCAGUAUCUGUCACUAUGGAGGAAUAGUCUAGAAAACAUUUUCGCCCCCCUGAGUUUCAUUUUUUUUCUUUCCCCUGGUCUUAUUUUCUUUUUCCUUAAUAGAGAAAACAAAACAGCCUCUCCUGGUAAUAAGUUAGUUCCUGUUCAUUUCAGAUUUUUAAAAAAAUAAUUCUAAAAGUUACUAAGAGGAUGAUUUAUUUAAGAGAAGUAUGACAAAUAGCAUAUGAGUUAUGGGUAACAUUAGAUAAUAAUAACCUUUCCUGUGGGAAAGGUUUCUUGAAGGCAUGGAUGCAAAUAUAAAAAUAUAAAAAAAAUCUAAAUAAAGCUUAUUUUAAAAUAUGA